AUGACAAAAAUGAGUUCAUUUUCUAUAUUGUGUACGCUAAGUUUGAUACUCAUUGUGAGUAGUAGUAACAUUGCAUGUGCCCAAGAUUCAACAAAUGAUUAUGUGAACGUUCACAACGCAGCAAGAGCAGCAAUUGAAGGUUUUAACAUUCCAAAUCUUGUUUGGGAUAACAAAAUUGCUGCUUUUGCACAAAAUUAUGCUAAUCAACGUAAAGAUUGUAAAGUGAUUCCAUCCGGUGGUAAUGGUGGACAAUAUGGCGAGAAUAUUGCCGUUAGCAAUGGCGAUAUAAGUGGUGAGGAAGCAGUGAAGUUGUGGGUGGAUGAAAAACCUAACUUUGAUCGUUAUCGUAACAGGUGUGUUAAUGGUGAGUGUCUUCAUUAUACUCAAGUGAUUUGGGAAAAAUCAUUGCGUGUUGGAUGUGGCAAAGUGAAAUGUGAUAAUGGUGGCACAUUUGUUAGUUGUAAUUAUUAUCCUCCUGGUAAUAUUCCAGGCCAAGAACCGUUCUAG